UCCCCCUAAUCAAGGGGCUGGUUUGGUUCUUCCGAACCUCAGCCUCGUUACUCCGAACCACCCAGGUGUAGACCGCCCGCCCUAUAAAUAUGCGCCUUGCUCCCUCACGUAUCGCACGCUUAAUGGUCCAAACCAACGUUCUGUAAUCAUAACGACUGUACAACGCUCAGAUAUUUUCUUCGCUCAAGCUUAAAUAGGUAAAACGAGAGUCUGUUCAGACAGAUGGCACUAGUUUCAGGAGGAAGGUCAACAUUAAACCCUGAUGCCCCUCUCUUUAUCCCUGCUGCUUAUCGUCGAGUGGAGGAUUUCUCCCCAGAAUGGUGGCAACUGGUUACCACUUCGACAUGGUACCGGGAUUAUUGGAUGAGUCAACAUCAGGAUGAGGAAGGUUUCUAUGACAAUGCUGAGGAUGAUGGCUUUGAUGGUAAUGAUGUAGCUGAUUUGCUGCCAGAUACAUUUGAUUUUGAUGCUGGUGAAUAUUUCUCUAGUUUGGAAGUGCAAGUUCAGGAGUUUGCGGAAGCUUAUGACGCUGAAGGAGAACGCAGAUCAUCUCCUUCCAAUGAGAUGAAACAAAACGGAUUUGAGAUUGAAGCUGAGGAACCCAAGAGAUAUGUAAGCUUGUCGAAAACUUUGGAGGAAACAGCUCCAGGAGACAAGAAUGUUAAUCCAAAAUGAUGCAUUGAUAGCCUUCUGAAUGGGCCAGUUUAUCCCUUCUCAUCUGAGUAGACUAGUGUAGGUUCUGCUUUCUGUAAGUUCUUGUACAGAGCAAGGUUGCAACUUGUCACUCCUUGUUCAUUCCCAUGUCUUUGUUUUCAGUUAACUAAAGUAACCCAGAAAAUGUAAAAAGGGAAAUGUAAAAUUUUAGCAAGAGAGAAAAUAUCUAUAUAUGUUUCUUUUGCAUCA